UUUUCUUUUUCCCUUUUUUUAUUUUUGUUUUCUUAUGUCUUUGUUUGCACGCUUUAAGCGUUGGGUAUUAGUUUGGGCACUGACAGUUGCUUUUACGUUUCCUAAAGCUUAUUAUCCACGACAAAUCAUUAAUUAUCUUUCCUUCUUUUUAUUCCGUGCACGUUCAAGUUGGAUUCAUAAAGCAGAAGGCUAUGGUUAUUGGAUAGCAGAAGACUUGAAAGGCGCCAAAAGAGAAGCCAUGUCAGAUAGAAUUUCGGAAGCAGAUGUUGUUUUAUUAUGGAUACCGGGUGGCGGGUUUCGAUUUGAUUUAGGCAAGUUAUAUACGCCUACUUUUGCCAGUUGGAUUCGAGCAUUAGAAGCAGACAAGGGUAUCAAAAGCAUGAUCUUUGUAGCAGAUUAUCAGCACGGCCCUGAGCAUUUGUUUCCUGCUCCUAUCAAAGACAUCGCUAAAACAUACCAUUGGCUGAUUAAGAACAUGAACAUUGAACCCAGAAAAAUCAUACUUGGUGCCGACGACGCAGGCGUUGCUAUUGCACUCGACACACUACUUCAUAAGAUUCCUAGUGAACAACGUCCAGCUGGGCUGAUUUGUGCUUCUCCUUACACUGGUUUAGAAGCAGGUGGUGAGUCAUGGCGUGCUAAUCUCGGUGAUGAUAUUCUGACAGAAAAGGCAAUUGAGCGUAUGGAACAGUGUUAUAUGGGUCCAGAAGACUCUGAAUAUGAAGAUGAUGUGCCUCCCUUUAGAUACCUUCGUCAUGACAUUGACUUGGCUUCGUUUCUUCCUCGUCGGUUACUUGUCUUGUUGGGUGGUAAGGAAGUCUUGUUGGAUGAGGGAGGUAUAUUGGCCUCAAGAGCUCGCAGUUCGGGUGUACAAGUUAUGAUGGUACAAGAACCUACAGGUGUGCAUCUUUGGUCUAUGUUUCCUGAUAUCAUGAUUCAGGAUGCAACUGCACGUCAAGCUGUCAUGGACAGAUUGGUUGAGUUUGUGGUAGGCACAGUACCUGUCAAAAGAUAGUCACCUAUUUCGAAUUUACUGUAGUCACAUUACCUUGCAUAAAAGAAAAAUAAAAUUCUUUUUUUUUUUUAUUUAUUUUGAACC